GACUUGAGAAUGGUCCAGGACGGACCGAAACGUCGUCGUCCCUUCACCUUCUAGUGUGUAGUCUGGUCAACAUACACACACCGCGGCUGAGUGGACAGCGCUCUGGGGUCGUAGUCCUAAGGGUCUGGGUUAGAUCCCCGGCGAAGGCGGAAACAAAUAGGCAGUUUCUUUCACCCCUGAUGCUCCUGUUCACCUAGCAGUAAAUAGGUACUUGAGAGUAAGACAGCUGCUACGGGCAGAACUCAACCCCCUCAAGCACAACUAGAUGAGUACAUGUAGGUGAGUAUAAAUACUCAACCACGCACAUAGUGCUCACAAUGUUCCAGAAACCUCAUAUAAUUUCGCUCUUAAGCGUUCAGAUGGUAACAGUACUGAACGUUUCGUUAAAAAUGGUAAUUUUUUAUACUGGCUUGUGUGGCGGGACUCUCUAGGAGGGCGAUAGUCAAGCAAUAUUCAACCCGACUCUCGACCGUCCAGUCAUUGCAAUUCGGUCGUUAUCCCUCGUCCACCAGACUUAUAAACUGUUAGCAAGGCGACUGACCAGACAGUAGCGCCCUGUCCUUCGUGGGGUACACAGCUACGCUGUCUCUAUCUUGCCCACGCCCACACGCCCUAAGCACAGCCUCCUGCGUCAGCAUGUCAGCAGCGCCGUCAGGAAGGUGUUGGGGCCUGUUGCUGGUGUCUGGGGCCUUGGUGCUGCUGCUCACAUCCUCCCCAGCACAAGCCAAGCCCUUCGACUUCUCCCAGAUCAUCUCCACCGUCGCUGACAACGUCAUCACUCGGUUGUACCGAGAAGGGGAGAUAGAACUUCUGAGGCACUAUUGUAACUACAGCAGACGCCCAUACUUCCAUAGAUGGGAGCUUAACUACCGCGCCACCACCUCCUGCCCGGGCUGGACCACCGCCGUGGGAAAAGCUCAAGGCUACUUGAACCCAACCACUGCGGAAAUCGAGGCGACGAAGGACCUGGUGAGGAAGCUGGUGCAGGCAGGAUUGGUGACCCGCGAGGAGGCAUCAGCGUGGCUCUGAUGACCUGGUGACAUGCAACAUUAAUGAGGCGUUCGAGUGGUCCUUGAGUGUAUGGUGACCUGCAAGAAGGUGUCCAAGGGGCUCUAGAGUACCUGUUGACCCGGACUGAGGCUCUUAUACGGAAGGCCUGAUGACGCACCAGAAGCCGGUCAAUUUACUCCUAUGAACCAGUGUCAGUAAUGGAAAUUUGUCAUUCAGAUCUGUUUACAAGUUUUUAUAAAUGUUACUUUAAUCAAAAUGUGUGAUUAAUGUAUCGCUAAUAUUUUUAAAGCACUUACAUUUAUAUAAAAUUAUGAUUGCAUUAUUCUAAA